AUGUUGCGGCGUACUGUAUGUGUCCAACACUACAGGGCGAAGUUGGAGCUUGACCGUAUCCGCAGUAUGCUGCGGGGCCGCGCACGUCUUGAAAGAAAGGUUGGACUAAAGCGACUAUUUUUUCUCAUGCGCACACAAACGCGGUACCGUGUGGAACAGCAGGCGCACUGGGAGCGUGCAAUCGUCCGGAAAAACGUCGACAGCGCCGCCCGCGAGCAUGGAACGGGAUGGCAGCACCUCCGCAAUGAAUUAGGGCGGCAAAAUGUUAUGCUUCUUCCUCGCUCUCAACAGUUGUUGGCACAAUAUGAACCAUUGGCUUUUCGCGCCGUUGUGGAACUUUGUGCUUCGCGUAUUCCGCCACCGCCGCCGCCCGUUGUUGCCUCCGUUCCGGAGGAAUCCUACACAUUAUGGCCACCGGCGAGCCAUGACAAUAGUGAAUGUGCCUCUACAGACGGCAGCGACGCCCCUCAUGGGCAGCAGCAAUCGCUCUCGCACCCGGCCGCCCGUGUGGAACUUCGGUGUGGUGUCGAGCGGGUUCUUCGGCGCGGACCGUCGGGUUUGGGUAAUAACGUGAACGAGCUAAUCGAUGCAUGGAAGGAGUUCGACGUUUCUCCCCUGAGGAAGGGGGAGGUGAACAAGUAG